GCCAGACUUCGUUCCUACCAUGUGGUGACUUGCGCUGUGCGUGGAUGCAUUGGCGCGUGUACUUUCAAACUUUGAAAUUCAAAGUAGUCAGUGCGCUAGAAGCCGGCUUGUAAACAGUUAAAGAGAGCUCUUACAUCUCCAUGCUGUGUUAUAACGCGAAUAUUGUAUUAGUUAUUAUGUUAUAGUUUAUGGCACUAAUAGUGAUGUUAUUCUAGUUUCAUAGUUCAGCAAAAAAUAUAUUUUCAUAAUUUAUUAUUUAAUGUUUUCAAGAGAAACUUCUAAAUAUGAGUGAAUAUUUACAGUUUGAUAUGGGCAGUGAGUUGGAUGACAUUAAUUACAAAAGUUGCUUUUCGCGGUCUGUGGCUUUAAAUGCAAGAUAUAAACAAACGAAAACGGACCAACCCAAUGAACAAAUAAAUGGGAAAAAUGCCGAAAUCGACUCUUUUCAAAAGCCAUGUGUUCGCCCUUUUAAUACCGAUACAUUAGACGUCAGGAUGAGAAAGACUUCCAGAUCCGGCGUAGAAGAAAGUAGACGCAUGUCUUGUGGAAGUAUCGGUGGCAGUAUUAGAAGGUCCUCGCUUUGUUCAAUUAGAUCAAAUGCUAUUCCGGUGGAUAAUAUUUUGCAGCAAUCCAAGAUUGACACCUUACAGUGGCAACUCAAAGAGAUUGAAAAGAGUAGAGAAAUGCAUAGAGCCGUUAUGAAGCAAGUAGUGGCAUUUUUGGAGAAAACGCAUCAUAGUUUGGGAAUACUGGUAAACAAAAGCAAACAGGCUGUGCCUAGAUCAAAAAGCGAACAUCAAAUGACAUUGGACAGUCAAAAAACUCAAGAGGAAAAGAUUACAGAAAGUUUUGCUUUUACUGAUAAGUCAAUGUCUUAUACUGAUAUGUCAUGGAGAAGACCAAAGAAACAAGAUAUUGACUGCGAGGAAGUUUCUCCAGAAAAAUUGGCGCAAGAAGCGUUUAGGCUCCUACGAACCGCUCAAUCAUUGUUGAACACUCGUGAGCCUGAUUUGGCCCAAAUGAAUGCAGAACCAGAAGACGACAUGGACUUCUUGGCUUCCUUGGCAAAAGAAUUUCCUCCACCGUUAGAUAACAAACCACAAAGGACCACUUCAUUCUCACUUUCUCCUAAAUUAUUACUACCCGAAUAUGAAGUUAAAGUUUCGACAGCUUUAAAUAGAAAGUUGUCACUUCAAUUAACCGAAAGAAGAAGUUCUAUUACGAAGCCUAUCAGAACAAUAGAUUCUGCGAGAGGCAGUUUCGCUGAAAAUGAAACUGCCUUCACAUCGUCAACUAUACAUGAUUUUAAUAAGGAUCUUCAAAAUAUUUCGUUUAGCAGCCAGAAAUCUGAAAAAUAUAGGUGCAAAGAAUCUGAAAAGUCCAAUUCACCUCCUGCUGGAAGCAUCAGUUCGGUUGAGGAUGAAAGCGGGUUUUCCUCGAUGAAUUCUUUCCAAGAUGUAGGAGUACCUUUAUUUAAUUCCACAGCGUUAGACGAAGUUUCCACCAAAAAUGCUUUGCUUAGAAGCAUGCUUCACAACAACAGUUCUUUAAGCUCAUUGGAACCCAGCUCUUUAAUUGAUUGUACAUUAGUGCCAAACGACACAAUAGAAAAAAGUAAGGAUAACAGAAACGCAAAUAUUGAGGAUAUUAAGUUAUGGCAAACACCUAAAACGUCUACUCCAGCUCACAAUAGAUGGCACUCAAACCCUGUUGAAGAAGGGAGCAGAAAUUCAUCUUUAAAAGUACUAUGGGUUUGACCCAGUCCAUAAAUUUAAAAUGUCAAAAGCCAUGUCUAAACUAAAUGUAAAAAUGUGAUAAAUUAUUGUUAUUAUAUUAUGUCUUAAUUUUAUUAUCUGCUUCAAGCACUCAGCAAUAUUACCUACGGUAAUUUACCUUUAUUUGUAUUUUGUUUAUUUUAAAUUAUUAGAGUUAGUUGUAAUGUAGUUUAUUUAAUU